UCGUGAGCCGUCGUCCGAAGCGUACGGGUACACUCGGACGUCGUCGUCGUUUCCUAUUGUUGUCACGCUUCCAAAUACGAUUUUCCGAUCGAUUUUUUUUUAUUGUUGUCGUUGGGAAAAGGUGAAUUGUGCAUACCACCGUGUGCGGUAUUUGUCGGUAUAAGCGUUGAUGUUUUUACAAGUGUUUCGGUCACCAACGCGCGCGUGACAUUGUCAUCAUCGAAGUGAUUAUAGCCGGAGAAAAGUGUGAUAUCGAGAAAUUCGGUCCAUUUGGAUAAUAAAUUUUAUUUAUUGGACCGGAUUGUUGUGGUUUGUCAAAAGAGCGGAAAGUUUCGGUGCAGCCGGCAGUUAACGUGCGGCUUUUGCGAUAUAACCGGCAGAAGAUUGCCGCAAAGGAGAAUGCAAUCGAAAUGUAAUGAUAAAUGAUUGAUUGAAUGUUUUUCAGUGCUGAAGUGCUCACUUGAUGUGGCCAAAGUGCUCAUGCUGAGAAGUGUUGUGGAGUUCACUCUGCGUGAUCGCGUAUUGUGCAUAUGUAUGCAAAAUAAUUGCGUUAAAAUUGCUUGACCAAUUGCCGCGAUGAAAAGGUGCAGUUGAGUAGAAGAGAAUUCCAAGCAAAUCGUCCAGAGGUGCGAAAGUUUCGAGAAAGUGAUGAAGCACAAAGCGAUGAUAAGUGUGAGGUGAAAAUUACUUGAAAUGAUUUUCGGGAAUGUUGUGAAAAGUGAAUGAAAGGAAAGAUGAAAAAUCACGGCUUCCGAUUGGCAGCGGUACAAGUGAUGUGAAGCGGAAAUAUUUUGAAUUGAUAUCGCCCAGUCACGUCAAGUUCAAAGCUACCUCAACUGGUAAAAUGGUGAUUCGGUCUCGGUUUGUGUGUGCGAUUAAUUAGCUAAUUGGAUGCAGUAACGGAGUCCAGCUAACCAGUUCAGUGUCGUUUGAUCGAGGCAAAGCCAGCUCACGCAAGCAGGAGAUUAAGUGAAAAGGCAAAUCCAAGCAGCAGCAGCAGUGGCGGUCAUUAACGUAGAUUAGCUAAACGUUCAGUUGUCACGAAAACGUGACUUCUACAGGGCACGAAAGAGGAGAAAGAAAGAAGAAAAAAAAAGGUUGUGGACAAAGUGAGUGAAAGCCUGCUUCGCUGGAACAGGAAUCUUGUAGUAGGCGUUGGGUUGACAAGUUGACAAGAACGUAUCAUCAUGCCGCAUCCAAUGUCACCACAGUCACCGACGCCGACGUUGCUAAGCAGCAGUCGUGGUAGCAGCAUGCACAUCGAAUACGACUAUGAUGAACCGAAGCCGGCAAAGAAAAUCCUGGCCAAAGCCAUCUACGAUAACAUCGCCGAGAGCACCGACGAGUUGGCCUUCCGCAAGGGCGACAUUCUGACGGUCAUCGAAACGGACACCAGCGACCUCAAGGGGUGGUGGCUGUGCCAGCUGCGGGGACGACAGGGUAUCUGUCCCGGGAACAGACUGAAAAUCAUCCAACCACAUGAUUCCGGCUGUUUCACCCUCUCGCCGGCUUCGUCCCCAUGUCCCUCGAUUGGGCCCUGUACCAAUCUCAACAGUCCGGUCCCGAGCGACAUCUACGAGAACACCACUACGGCAUCGAGCAUUUCGUCGGCCACGUCCAUGCCGACUCCGGGAUCCAAGCACCAAAAGUAUCAGCAGCACCAGGGCAAGCGGAGAUCCUGGCACAUAAAUCCCAACAAGGUCCUAACACCUCAAAAAUGUGGAGACGUCUAUCUGUAUGAUCUGCUACCAACCCCCACAAGAGGAGGCAGCCCAUAUCAGCAUAGCGGUUCGGCCGACGCCCUCGAUACAUACGACGUCCCGAAGCCGGCGGUUCCCAUAAACUACGACACACCGCGAGCGUGGUCCCGGACGCCACCCUACUACACCCACCACAAUCCACACCACUCGCCGCACACACCGAGCUACGGUCAUCCCCACCGUCCCUAUCACUUUAGUAAUAGGAUGGAAGAGUCCUACGACACUCCGCGGCCGGUCAACAACCUUCUUGCUCAACAAAACCUUACUCCCAGCAGUUCCAAUUCCUCCUUGCUCACCUCGGACAGUCUGAGUCUGUCCUCAUCAAACAGAUCCUCCUUGGCCAACAUGCCCGAUUACGACGUUCCCCGGAGGAACCCCGUAUCGAUACGUUCCACCCCACCCCCUCCACAGCAUCCCGCGACGCCCCACUCGCAAACCAGCGGCAUCUUCAGCAGCAACCAUUCGAUGUCCAUAUCGUCGUUCUCCUCCAGCACUAGUACUUACGAUGUUCCUCAAACCCCGCUUCAUCAACAGCAGCCGCAGCAUCAGCACGUGCUAACUCCGCAAACGCCACUGCCAUCGAAGGAACUUCCUCUGGAGCUAUCGUCGGCGCUGGAAACCCUCGCUCGGUUACAGAAUGAAGCUACUUCCGCUGUUUCAAGACUACUUGGCUUCGUCUCCCCGAACUGGAGGACGAAGGAAAAGCUGGAUCCGAUUCUGAUGGAUCUCAAAUUGGCCGCUGUGCGGCUCCGUACUGCUCUGCACGACUUAGCCGAGUUCGGCGACGGCGCCCUCGGCAAUGCAACCAAAGCGGAAGAUAAAGGCCUAGCCCAGAAGCUUCGACCGCUGGUGAAAGCUUUACGCGACGCGGACAAACUCGUUCACGAAGCAUCACAGAACCUGGACAACCAAGGCUGGACCAUGGUGACACUCCAGCGGCCCGAGGCCACCCAGAAGCUUCAACAGCAGCUCCCGCCGGAUAGUUUGGACCAGCUGAUUGCGUGUGCUCAAACGUUGACCGAGGACGUCCGACAAACCGCUUCCUUCAUCCAGGGUAACGGAACGCUCCUGUUCAAACGGAGCACUUCUUCCUCCACGGCUACAACUCCGCAGACUCCAACCGGUCACGUUAAGAGCAUCAUCAACAACAACAGUAGCAGGACUAGCGGCCAGGGUGAAUGGCCCGAGGACUACGACUACGUCAGCCUGGAGUCGAAGGAAGCUACGGCCAAAUCCAACGCGGAGAUUCACGACGCGUUGCCUCAGGAUUUGAAGAAGAAUUUCGAAAACGUGGUGCGGAAUGCUGACGCAGCUGCGGCCGUCGGCAGUAGUGAGGCCAAGGAAGCCCUUGACCCGAACGAUAAAUCCGUACUGGUUUACUACGCGACCCAAACGGUGACCCACAUGGGCUACCUGACGCAGGCCAUCGACGCCUUCCUGCAAACCGUGGAGCACAACCAACCGCCAAAGUUCUUCCUGGCGUACGGGAAGUUUGUGGUGCUCAGCGCGCACAAUCUGGUCAACAUCGGGGACAUCGUGCACCGGAACGUUUCCCGGGAGAACGUCAAGACCCGGGUGCUGCAGUGUGCCGAUGCCCUGUCGGAAGCGCUGAAGACGUGCGUCGCCAAAACGAAGAAGGCGGCGCAGCACUUUCCCAGCGUGACAGCCGUGCAGGAGAUGGUUGACUCGGUGGUGGACAUUUCGCACCUGGCGAGUGACCUGAAGGUGGCCAUGUUGGAAGCGGUGCAGCAGUAAGAUGGGCGGGGUUUAUGAGGGGAAGUAGCGUACGUAGAAGUCGGUUAGGUCUCAACUUUUUGAACGUUUUCUUUGGGAAAUGGUUCUGAAUGGUUGGAUUGGUCAUUGGUUCAUUGGAAGAGCUUAUAACCUCCGAGGCCUUCCUCGGCGUUAGAGUCCGCGGCUACAGAGCAAAGCCAUGCUGAAGGUAUCUGGGUUUGAGUCCCAGUCGGU